AUGUCGGAAAUACCCAAGAAGCAAAACCUCCAAACCGCCCCCACUCCUCAAAACACCCCGGCCAACAAUGCCCCUAUCUCUUCCCAUGCUCAACAGCCCGGUGUUGCCACCAUCAAAGAAGAGGAGUUUGACCGUGCUGCUGCCGCCUCCAUAUUUGCACAAAACCCAAAGCUCGUUCAGAUGAUUCAGGGCAAGCUCGGCUCGCUUGUUGGUCGCUCGUCAGGAUACGUUGAGUCCCUUCCCGCACCUGUCCGCCGUCGCGUCGCUGGCCUCAAGGGCGUCCAAAAAGAACACUCGAAACUCGAGGCGGAAUUCCAGGAAGAAGUUUUGGAGUUGGAGAAGAAAUACUUUGCGAAAUUCACCCCGCUGUACCAAAAGCGAGCCCAGAUAGUCAACGGUUCAACUGAGCCUACGGAUGAGGAGAUCAAGGCUGGCGAGGAGGAGGAUGAUGAUGAGCCAAGUGAGGCUGAACCGAGUGUAAAACCAGAGGAGACUGCGGAGAAUGUCAAGGGUAUCCCCGAGUUCUGGUUGUCCGCCAUGAAGAACCAGGUUUCUCUUGCCGAGAUGAUUACAGACAGAGAUGAGGCUGUCCUCAAGGACUUGGUCGACGUCCAAAUGGAGUAUCUCGACAAACCUGGCUUCCGUUUGAUCUUCCAGUUCGCCGACAAUGAAUUUUUCACCAACAAGACCAUCACCAAGACUUACUUCUAUCAAAAUGAGAGCGGGUAUGGAGGAGACUUCAUUUACGAUCACGCCGAAGGUGACAAGAUUGACUGGAAGGCUGGGAAGGAUCUGACUGUGCGUGUCGAGAGCAAGAAGCAACGCAAUAAGAACACAAAGCAAACCCGCGUAGUUAAGAAGACUGUACCAACAGAGUCAUUCUUCAACUUUUUCUCGCCACCUAAGGCACCAACGGAUGAUGACGAUGACGAUGCUGCCACCGAUAUCGAGGAGCGUCUUGAGCUCGACUACCAGUUGGGUGAAGACAUCAAGGAGAAGCUCAUCCCACGUGCUAUCGACUGGUUCACAGGUGAAGCUCUUCAAUUUGAGGAACUGGACGAAGAUAUGGAAGAGGGAGAUUUCGAGGAUGAAGAUGAUGAGGAAGAUGAUGAGAGCGAGGAUCAUGAUGAUGAGGAUGAGUCUGAGGAGGAUGAUGAUGCCGCAAAGCCCAAGCAGGAGGCCGCCGAAUGCAAGCAGAGCUAA